AUGGAUGGUGGCAGAUCCAAUGCGAUCGAUCCGAACACGAUGAACUAUGCAACUGGUGCCGACACCAUGAUCUCCCCUGCACACUUAACCGAAUUAGGGGCAGGAAGAAGAAAACUAAGUAUGAGCUCAACUGAGAGUCUUGUCAAACGCCUUGAGCGAAUAGAACAAGGCAUAGCCAGAGCCAAAGCCAUCAAGCAAGGCGUGCAGAUACCUCCUCCUGCUGCUGCUGCUACUUCUGCCGCUACUUCUGUUACUGCGGCUCCCGCUGCCGCCUCUCCGGCCUCAUUGGCUCCGUCUGACGGCUCCGGCAAUUUUCAUAGGAAGAUAACCCACGGCAGGUGUACGCUCUGUCGAUCCAAUGACAACUCGCAGUCGCCUCGACAGCUUGGCGCUGCUCCCCUAGGUCAGGUCUGGUUUUCAGGCCAGAAGUUUGCUGCCAUCUGUUCCCGAAAUGGCAUUCCCCAUUUCACCUCUCUUGGAGAGCAAUGGAUAUAUUCAAGAACAGGGCUAUGGCCUAAUUUCCGUAAUGACGAUGCUUUCGCUUUUAAAGAAACAAACCAUGUCCCCUCUGCAGCUCUAGCACUCCAGUCUUUGAAGGGGCCUGCGAAGCAGGCUGAGAUUCAAAAACUUCCGGAAAGAUGGAUUACACAGGCGUUGCUUGAUACGUUUAUAGCGUCUGACUUUCGUCUCGUCUUCCCUGUGGUGGAGCGCGAGUUGUUCGAGGACACAAUGCGAGUAGCGUAUGGCGCGCCAGCCACAGAUGCGACGAUUGAGGAGAUUGGUAGCAAAGCCUGUGUCCUUGCUUUUCUUUGUGUCACGAGCCAUCAUUUUGCUACCCAGGACGCUGCCAAGCUUGUUGACAGCGAUGCUUGUGCCAAGCAAGCGCAGCUGAUGAUAUCAGACUUUGUUGAAGACGCGAGCCUCACUACUUUGCAAGUAAUGGUCAUGCUGUUCCUCAAUGAGACACUAUGCGGUCAUUUGCAGGGGGCGUGCAUGUAUCACUCUAUUGCAUGCCGUACCGUUUGUAUCCUUGGAGGACACACUAUCGCCAACGACCCGCAUAAAACUACCAACCUCACUUUUCAGGAGCUCGAGGAGCGCCAAAUCCGCAGGCUGUUUUGGCUCUGCUAUCUCUUUGACAAAGACAUAGCUUUGAGAAACGGCCAGCCUCCCAUCAUCAGCGACGAAUUCUGCGAUCUUACCCUCCCCCAAGACUAUAUCGAAAACCGCUUCUCGGAAGAGGCUUUCUCAGCCACAACCAGUUCCCAGGUGCCAUUUCUCCCUAGUGACUUACGUCUAAGUCUGCUUAAGUCCAAGGCUGUUAGCGCUCUCUACUCUGCCGGCUCGCUACGAAAGUCGGAUGCUGAGCUCCUCCGUACCAUCCGUGAACUUGACGAGGACCUGGAAAACUGGCGUGCUUCAAUUCCACCGGAAUACGCGCCCGCGUUAUCUAUUCGCCAACAUGUCAAGCUUUCUGACACUCUGAACAUAAACACCAGUAUGCUGCAUAUCGAGCUGCACUUGGACUACCACUAUCUCUUGAACAUGAUACAUUGCGCGAGUGGCCGAUGUGUGGUAGACUGGAGCGAGUCCGGGAAGGAAAUGAUCUUUGGCCUACAGUCCAGUCUUGACUUAUCUGUCGAGGCCAGUCGAUCGACUCUCAUCUAUCUGAGGGAAGCUGCACCUCGACUGGCCGGUGAAGCGUUUUGGGUCUUCAUAUUCUACCCUGUCUCAGCCCUUUUGAGCGUCUUCUUCAAUCUUUUACGAAAUCCUCAACACGAAUAUGCCGAGCAUGAUAUAGACCUGUUGGCCUCGGCCACCAAAGUCAUUAGAAGCAUGCCUAUGCACAGAGUCACGACCCACGAGCUCGAAUAUCUGCGUAGGAUGGACGCGUUUAUUGAGGAGCUAGGCCGUCUCUGUCAAGCAGCAACCGCAAAGGCGCGACACGAGCACGGUGGAGUGGAGUAA